AUGUCAGCUGCAGCUAAUCAGUUGCAAGAUUCCACUAAAGAUUGUCAAUCAGUUGAUGAAGAAUUUACAUCCAAAGUUGAAUCAUACAAGGAAGAAGCCGAAAAAGCCAAAAAUGAAGGAAAAUUCAACGAAGAAAUUGCCUGCUAUGAAAAGAUUCUAACGAUGAUUGAUGAAGCGACAGUUAAUGAUCCUACGUUACCUGAUUUAAAAUGUGAAACUUACUUACUCAUGGCAGCUAGAUAUCGAAAUCGUCGACAAUUUGCAGCAGCACUGGAAUACUGCGAUAAAACUGAACAAAUUGCUGAAAGAACAAGCAUUAAAAUUCGUAUCUCUGAAGCUUAUGAUUGUCGAGGCUCUAUCUUAUGUGAAGAAGGGUCGCUUGAUGCAGCAGUAGAUGCAUUUCAUAAAGCUGAGAAAUUGAAAAAGGAAUUUAUGUCCGAAGAUGAUCCACGUGUUGCUCAAACUUAUGAUGGAUUAGGGUGGACUUAUCGACAACAAGGAAAAUUGCAACUAGCCAUCGAUACUUAUAAGAAAGCUCUGAAAAUAAGACUGGAGGCUGGCUCCAACGGUAUGCUCAUUGCUGUUAUGUAUACCUUACUGUCAGACAUUUAUGCCAAGCAAGAAAAUUAUGAAGAAGCUGUCACUGCAGCAUUAGAAUCACUUAAAAUUAAGAAAUCACUUUUUGGUGAUGACUUUCCAAAUAAGCAAGACGAACUUCGAGAUAUUGCAGCCUUAUACUUUAAAUUAGGCAAAGCCAAAGAAGCAAUGGAAAUAUUGUCAUCCUAA